UCUCGCAGACCGGACAUGACGUCACCCAGCAGCGAACCCUGCGUCUGUAUCUCUGUCCUGCGUGAAUAUGCUUCACUUUCCGGCCAGAAAACGCUGAAGAGUGUGAGUUUGAGCGGGACGUGAGCUCAUGUUGUGUGCGGACUCUCCGCAGCCUGGAGCCGCAGACAUGAGCCGCAGGAGAAGCGUGGUUUGGGGCUUUUUCAAAGCCGUGGACUCAUUGUCGGUCCGGUGUGUUCUCUGCAGCGACUACCAGUCCAAACAAGUCCGGGGCAGCACCACCAACAUGCUGAGACAUCUGCGCGUCAAACAUCCACAAGAGUUCGCCAAGACAUUCAGAGGACGUUCGACCAAAAGCACCCGGAGAAUCGAUCGUCGAGCGGUGAACACGGACAGCGAACAGGCGUAUUACUCGGUGGAUGUGGUGCUUGAGAACGAGGACUCUGACAACAGCAUUCCUUUAAAUGAGUCAGAUAUUAAUGCUGCUAUUUCUGACAUCCUGGAGGCUGCACAAGGAGAUGCAGCAGAAGAAGACUCAGCACAUGCAGAGGUGAGCGAUGAGCCUCCUGUGAGACACGGCCGCCCGAGAAGGAGCUUGAUUUGGAGACACUAUGAGCGUCUGGACGGUCUGGACGCUGCUCAGUGCCGCAUCUGCAUGAAGAAGUUGCAGUGCUUUGAAGGCAGCAGCACCAGCAACCUGCGCCGACACUUGUCAGCGAGACACCCUGACAUGUUUGCUGGGCUUGUGGCCAGUGGACUGAAGCCACCUCCAUCGACUGCUGCUGUAAAGACGGAGCUCAGACAGGGUUCAGUGGAUGUGGUGCUUGAGAACGAGGACUCUGACAACAGCGUUCCUUUAAAUGAGUCAGAUGUUAACGCAGCUGAAGAAGACUCAGCACAUGCAGAGGUGAGCGAUGAGCCUCCUGUGAGACACGGCCGCCCGAGAAGGAGCUUGAUUUGGAGACACUAUGAGCGUCUGGACGGUCUGGACGCUGCUCAGUGCCGCAUCUGCAUGAAGAAGUUGCAGUGCUUUGAAGGCAGCAGCACCAGCAACCUGCGCCGACACUUGUCAGCGAGACACCCUGACAUGUUUGCUGGGCUUGUGGCCAGUGGACUGAAGCCACCUCCAUCGACUGCUGCUGUAAAGACGGAGCUCAGACAGGGUUCAGUGGAUGUGGUGCUUGAGAACGAGGACUCUGACAACAGCGUUCCUUUAAAUGAGUCCGAUAUUAAUGCUGCUAUUUCUGACAUCCUGGAGGCUGCACAAGGAGAUGCAGCAGAAGAAGACUCAGCACAUGCAGAGGUGAGCGAUGAGCCUCCUGUGAGACACGGCCGCCCGAGAAGGAGCUUGAUUUGGAGACACUAUGAGCGUCUGGACGGUCUGGACGCUGCUCAGUGCCGCAUCUGCAUGAAGAAGUUGCAGUGCUUUGAAGGCACCAGCAACCUGCGCCGACACUUGUCAGCGAGACACCCUGAAAUGUUUGCUGGGCUUGUGGCCAGUGGACUGAAGCCACCUCCAUCGACUGCUGCUGUAAAGACGGAGCUCAGACAGGGUUCAGGUUCAUUUGAAGGAGAAAAGCGGGUGUGGAGGAGAGAGCGGGAGCUGAUUGAAGCUCUGAGGAGGACGCAGAAGGAGGAGGCCCGAGCUUUGGAGGUUCAGAGAGAUCUGCUGGAGAAGAUGCGUGCAGCAGAUGCCAGAGAGGCCACAGCAGAGAAGGAGAAGAUUGAGACUCUGAGGAAAGCACAACAGGAGGAAGCCAAAGAACUGACUUUACAGAGAGAAGAGCUGCAGAAGGAGAAGGCGGAGCUGCGGAAGAAACAGGAAGAACUUGAGCAGGAAAGAGAAGAACUUGUCUUGUUUUCCAGAGGACAGGAGUGUUCCACCAUCACAUCACGAUUGUGAUACCAGAUUCCUGCUAAUGCUCUGGGACUGUUGUAAAACCUGUUGUAAAAAUGUAAAGCUCUCUUUUUGUGUUUCUGAUGAAUGGCAAAUUCAUGACGACUCGUUGUGUCACAAAUGAGAUUUACUCAAGGACUAACUUCUUGCAACAAUUAUUUUCAAGCUUAACAAGCUUAACAAGCUUACUUCUUCUAUUUAAUGACACAUUUCCACCGGCUCUACUCGACACGCCGCGUCACAACACGACAAGGUCGCAUCUCCACUACAGAAAAGUACCUACUUAACGUGGGCGGAGUCAUCACUGCACGGCUGAGUGAAACUGCAGUGACUUCGUUUUAUACACGACACACACACGAGUGACUAGUGACUUUACACCACACUUCUGUAGUUGUUGGAGAUUAACCCACAUUUCGAGGAUUGUUAAGUAGUUUUAAGUGAUCUACAAUUCGCCGCUGUUCGGCUUGACUUGUGUGUGUGUGUGGGAGGUCUCUUCCUGUGGAAACGCUACUUAAACCGAGGCGAGCCGGUGGAAAUGCGGCAUAUGUCUGUUACAGGAACUAAACAACAAGUGUUUGUCAUUUGCAUCCACUGUAGAUAUUCUGAAACCUCAUGCUGAUGUAAUACAUUGUUUUAUAGAAUAAAGUUUUUAAAUGCCA